AUGGAAUUCUGUCCUCCACAGCUGCCCCAGAGGCUGCUCCUGCUGGGGGCAGCCACGCUGACUGCAUCGGCUCUGCACACCGCUGACCUGGUGGACCUGUGCGGCCGGACCUGGCCGGCGGACGGGCUGCUGCUGCGCUCGCACUCCGCGUCGCGCCGCUUUUACUUCGUGGCCCCGGACACGGACUGCGGGCUCUGGGUGCGGGCGGCCGCCCCCGGCGACAGGAUCCGCCUCCAGUUCCGCUUCUUCCUGGUCUACAGCCUGGCCCCGCCGUCCGUGCCCCCCGCGCUCAACGCCUCCGCCCCGCUGCCGGCGGACCCCUGCGCCCCCGGGUCCUACCUGCAGCUGUACGAGGGGCCGCCGGGGACGCCCCGGCCCCUGGGAGCCCCGCUCUGCGGCCUGACCAUCCCGGCCCCGGUGACGACCUCCGGGGACCUCCUGGGCCUGCGCCUGGUCACCAGAGGCCGCCAGCCCCGCGUGGACUUCGUGGGAGAAGUCACCUCGUUCCGGCUGGGAUCCUGUGGUGGCUACUUCCCGUGUCGGAACGGCAGGUGCAUCCCCCCGAGCCUGGUAUGCGAUCGCUGGGGCAUGGACAACUGUGGCGAUGGCAGUGACCAGGCCUCCUGGCCACCAGCCAACUGCAGAGCUCCCUCUCCAGAGCCCAGCCAGGAGGGGAACACGGAUGACAGUGCCUCCCAGACACUGACUUCCUCCCCAGCUCUCCCGUCUUCAGGCCCCCUGGGGACAGCAGCUGAGAGGAGCCCGCCAGCCCACUGGGACCCUGCCCGACAGGGUGUAGCUCUGGAAGGUAGGUGGCUCUUGGUAACCACCCACUAUUGCCGCAUCCACCGAGACCAUACUUGUCCCGCUCCAGGGAUGGGCAGGGGGCAGCAGGCCCGGGCCGAGGCCUGAGUGGACUCUCUUUCUGCAGGGCCCCAGCUGCAGGGCGCGGCGCUGGCCUCCUCGCUGUCCCUAGCCUCUGCUGGCCUCCUCCUGGGCCUCCUCUGGUGCUGCUGCUUCUCCGGCCAGCUGGCCCCCCGGGCCCGGGCCCGUGGCCUCGGCUGCACUGUCUGUUACACGCGUCCUGGCCACGUGGCCCCUGGGGGGCUGCGGCUGAGUGAGCCGGCCUUCCAGCGUCAGGGAGUGCAUUCCUAGAGAGGCUUUGGGCAUCGGAGAGAGAGUGGGCUCUGGGGUCAGAUGGUCCCUGGGUUCUGCGCCCGCCCCCUCACACAGGGCUGUCUACAUUUGAGCCCAUCACACAACCCUCCGAGACUCAGUCUGCCCGUCUGGAAAAUGGGAUGAUUCCUGCCUCAGAGGGUCAUGGUGAAGGCCACCGGGACAGCUGACUCUGCAGCUUGUUUUGGCAGCUGGCACUCUGCUGGAUCUGUGAAGGGCAGGGAGCAGGGGCCUCAUGUGCCUGAAGCUGUCUCACUUCACCCCUGGACC